UUCAGGGUUUGUGGCUAACGUACGAUCGGUUCACAUGGGAUUUUAUACAAAACGUGAUAAUUGAGCGGCUAUAACAAAUAUAACGGCGGGACUAUAAUUUUUGGACGAAACAAUCAGAUUUAUAUGGUUGUGCUCCUAUUCUGCAGAUCGUAAUGGAAAAAGUAAAGUGUAUAUUGACCAAGACAUUGGGUGAAAAAGCUGCGACGGAUUUUAUAAAAGCUUGCAUGGAAGUUGAUGAUACUCAAAUGAUAAAAAGACGUGUAUCUACUCUACUAGAUACUCGUAAAAUGGAAAAUCGUCAGGUUUAUGAAAUUCUGAUACGAGAGAAGAUACGAAGAAGUGGAUUUACUGGGGAGGGUUAUCGUAAAUCUAAUUGUAGUUCAGGUGUUUUAAAUAAUAUAUCAACAUCUUCCGACAGGAUUUCAAAUUCAGAAAAGAUUGAUGUAGAGCAUUCAUCAUCACAAACUACUAAAAAUAAAAAAAAACCCAAGUUCUAUCCAUUAUUUUGUGAAGGAGCUCAGAGUGAUCAACUUGUUUCUCUCUUACCUGGUCGGCAUCCUUGUCAGUGUUUGGCAACUAAGCAUCAGUUAGUCAAUAAUUGUUUAAAUUGUGGUCGUAUAGUCUGUGCACAGGAAGGUUCAGGUCCAUGUUACUAUUGUGGAAAUCUUGUUUGUACAAUAGACGAGGAAUACCAAUUAUCAUUAGGGACUACUAAACAUAAUCAGAAACUACUCAAUAAACUAUCGCAAGCAGCAUGGGCACCUGGCACUGAAACUCCAUAUUAUCGACUUAUUCGUCGAGCUCAAAAAUCAAAACAAGAAUCAACCAGUGAAAUAAUCUCUACUGAGUCUAAUUCAAAUAAUGGACUAGAAAGUGAUAGUGAUGACAAUGACCUAAUAAAAAAGUCAGCCCAGGGAGCUCAAAUUCGUUUGGAACAAGGUUUAAUCAAUGCAUUAUGUAAACGUGAUAAACUUUUGGAGUUUGAUACUACCUGUGCUAGACGAACUAGAGUUAUUGAUGAUGAAUUAGAUUAUUUCGCAACAGAGGGUGGCGUUGGAUCAGCUGCAUGGUUAAGUCCUGAAGUUCGUGAGAAGAUAGCUCAACGCGUAAUUGAAUUACGAGCCCAAAGGCAUUCACAUCGUCUCCAGUCUGCACGUAUGUGUAUUGACCUAGACAAAUGCGAUGUUAUAAAGGAGGAUACAAGAGAUGAAGCAGCUGUGAAAUUGUACAAUCCAAAUCAAGAAGAAAUGGAUGAACUUUGUAAAUCCUCAGCUGUUUCAAAUGUUAAUCAGUCUUCCGGAGAUAGUCAAAAAACUGUCAACUCAAAUAAUGGUGAAAUUACCCUGCCUACUUUUAUACCUCAAUCUAUGGAUAGCAAAAACUAUAGUGAUCAAAAUCCUGUCAUUGUGGCAUUAAAUCAAUCAACCUCUCUUUUACGAAUACAAGAUGAUGAGUCAAGACAACUUGUCGAUGAAGGUUAUUGUUUAAGCCUUCAUCAACCUUGGGCUUCAUUAUUAGUACGUGGAAUCAAGUUGGAAGAAGGUAGAACAUGGUAUACUCCGUAUCGUGGAUGUCUGUGGAUAGCAUCGACAGCAAAUAAAACUGAUCCAGAGGAAAUCACUGAAAUCGAGAAUAAAUAUUUGAAGGCUGGUGUCCCCAAAUCAGAUAUGCCAACAUCAUAUCCUACAAGUUGUCUUCUUGGUCGAGUUAAUAUUGUAAAUGUGAUAACACAAGAAGAAUAUCGUGAAAAACAACCUGAUGGACCAUCACAAAGUCCGUAUGUAUUUAUUUGCGCUGAUCCACGUGAAACUUUAAUUAAAUUCCCUAUACGUGGGAAGCACAAAAUAUAUAAACUAGAAAAACAUAUACAUAUUGCAGCGAAAAAAAAUCUUACAUGAAUGUAUAUUACUGUCGGCGAUUUCUUCUGCAAGUUCAUCUUUCCUUUCUCUUUUCAACAUGAGAAAGAAAUAGUAUUUAAUUCAUUUUUCCGUUCUUACUGAGUUCCCAACCUAAACGUAAAACGGUGUUGUUCAGAACAAUGAAUAUUCACUUAUCAUAACGUUCGAUCGUUUAUGCCGAUAGUAUAAGUCAGCUCCAAGGAUGAUUGGAGUUUUAUUAUUUAUGUGUUCUAUCUGAGACGAAUUUCAGUGCAGCGUUGUGAAUUGGUUCUCUUUGUGAUAAUUAGAAGUGUUCCAUCUAAAUAUCCUUUGCCGUAGAUGGUCCAAUACAAUUAGUGGUAAAACGUCGUGAGAAAGUUUGUCUUUUUGUUUACAUUUCGCUAGAUUGUGCAUGUAUCCGAGUAAUCUCAAUCAGAUACGUUCAACAGUUAUUAGGGAAAUUGAAUGUACAUUGUGUCUAGGGACAAAUAAGUUGGUUGGCAGUACCAAUCCAUUUUACGAGGUGGAUGUAUUAAAGGUACUCGUAGAUCUAGGAUGUUGAAAAGUACCUAUUCACCUUUAAAUAUGAAGACAAAUCUAAAAGCUUACUUAACGUAGAAGUAAGUAUAGGUAGAGCUACCUAAUCGCACAAGUUUUAUCAUCAAUGUCAUUUGAAAACAAAUUUGAGGGACGUAAUAGUAGUUUAGGUUUCAUCACAAGAAUAGAUUUUUUAAAUUGAAGUGGAUGUCAUGUCGUACUUUUAUACAAACUUUACUUAAAAUGCUAUGAAUCCCUUUAUUGUGAUUUAGAACAUACGUUAACGAAAAAUAUUAUUUUUAAUGAGACCGUCAUCAGGCUUUGUUUCAAUAUACAGUAGUAUUUACGUGCAUAUAUAAAAAUAUUAAGCAAUCUGAGGCGGUUUAUGAGUCAGUGAUAGCUAGGAAAUAGAAAGAAGCCUUCUCCAACGCAAAUAUAAUGUCGAAAGCUCACCACUGGGGAUGAAAUCACGAUUUAUGGACUAUGUCGACACGGUGGCAAAAAGUAGAUUUGAGACGUUAGGUACGAAGUUAAUGGAAUCGCUCGGAUGUCAAAAAUUAAAACUUAUGUCCCUUAUUGACCGCGAGUAAUACGUUCAUAAUUUUUCCAGUGUUAAGUUGAAUUUUUUGUAAUAAAAACUGGUUUUUGUACUUGACUACGCGCUUAUUACAAGUUACAAAUAUAAUGCGUCCAUUUGCGCC